CCGGCAGCCACGUUUUUUUGGGAGGCGGGAAAUAAGGAAAACUUUUACGAAUUCAAGGAAGGUUUAGAAUUAAAGUAUCGGGGUGAUUUAUAUCUGCCUGCAAAGAUUUGGCAGAAUGAUAAAAAUAUUUUGCCCGCGCCAUGGGUAGCAGUUAGGAGGGAGGUCAAAGGUGAAAUUCAAAGGCGCGGUUGCGGCAUGUUAGUGUUUCGGGCGGGAGAGUGGGAAGGAUGUAAAUAGCUCUAAAGUGAAAUUUCUUUCUAUAUCUAUAAAGGAAAUAAGAUUAUUAUGUGUUAGGUACUGUGGAACGGUAGCAUUUAUUGUCCACGUUGCCCUGACGCGGUUAAGCAGAGACUGAUCUGGAUUCCUCGAGGAAGCCAGUUUCUGGAAACCUGGUCAGCCUUCCCUUAUAUUAUUUUCAUCUAUUGCAAUUGAUGUGGAUUUACACAUUUUGCUCACGUCUGGACCUUUUAUACGUGUCCACUUGACGUUUGAUUCCAUUCAAUUAGUUCUUUUUUGUUUUGCAAAUGGAGAGCAAACUCAGCACCGAGUUCCAAUGGGUUGAGAUUUAGCAUCAACUGUUUUUAAUGCUGCACAAUAAACAAUGACUAUCUUCACCGAAAAUCUUCCAUAGUUUAUGUCCACUGGUGUUUUUUUUUAAAGUGGGGUUUAAAACCUUUUAGUUUACCACGUCGCCGAGAAUUGUGGAGAGGGGUUCAUUCCCACCUUUCCUCAUCAAGCUGUAGUCAUUUUGGUUUGGUGUCAAGCCAACCAUGUCGAAAGAGAGCGUUACCAGCACAUCCCAAUCUCAGUCCCAGAGUCAGUCCCAGUCCGCCUCGUCCACCAGCGGCACUGGAUCGAGCAGCCUGUCCUCAGCAGGCACUGUCAUCCUGGAUUCCAAUCCUACCCAGGAUCUUGCUACCAUUCCAGAAGUGGAGGAAUUGCCUAAGCCUUGGGGACGCCUCUGGGCGCUAGAGAAAGGAUUUUGGAACUUGGAUUGCUUAAAUAAUGAGUACUGGUUCGGGAGGGAUAAAUCGUGUCACUACUGUUUCGAUCAACCAGUGUUGAAGAGGAAGGAGCACUUCAAAUCGUACAGCAAGAAACAUUGCAGAAUUAUCAGAGAAAAGGGUCCUGGAAGCACGUUUGUAGUAUUUAUUGAAGAUCACAGUUCGAAUGGUACCUUCCUGAAUGGCCAGAUAAUUGGAAAAGAUCGAAGAUUACCACUGUGCAACAAUGCAGAAAUUGCAAUUAAUCAUGAAUUACACAAAGUUUUUGUCUUUUCGGACCUCACAACUGAUGACCAAUUGAACUUGCCAAAAGGGUUCCGGGAUAAAUACAUCAUUUCAAAACCUCUUGGCUCGGGUGUUUGUGGAGAAGUGAAACUGGCAUUUGAGAAGUCAAACUGUAAGAAGGUAGCUGUGAAGAUUGUACAUAAACCCAAAUUUGCACAACUUGUAUCUGAACGAAGUGAUGCUGCUGCAAAGUGUUCCACUUCAAAUGUUGCAACAGAAGUUGAGAUUCUGAAGAAAUUGGACCAUCCUUGCAUAAUCAAAAUUGAGGAGGUGUUUGAUUUUGAAGACUCGUUCUACAUUGUACUGGAUUUGAUGGAAGGUGGCGAGCUUUUUGACCGAGUAGUCCGCUCAAAAGGACUGAAAGAACAAACGACCAAACUGCUGUUCUAUCAGAUGCUUCUUGCAGUCCAAUACCUUCAUGACAAUAACAUCACCCACCGAGAUCUCAAACCAGAGAAUGUAUUGCUUGCGAACAAUGAAGAGAACUGCCUCAUUAAGAUUACUGAUUUUGGUCUGUCAAAGAUCUUGGGAGAAACAUCCCUGAUGAAAACGUUAUGUGGAACACCCACCUAUCUAGCUCCAGAGGUGUUACUGGGUGCUGGAGCAGGCGGCUACUCCAAAGCAGUGGAUUGCUGGAGCCUAGGAGUUAUACUUUUCAUAUGCUUGGGUGGAUACCCGCCAUUUAGUGAUCAAAUCAAGGACAUGAAUCUGAGGGAUCAAAUCAUAAAAGGACAUUACAAGUUCAUCCCACAGUGCUGGGCAAACGUCUCUGAAGCAGCGAAGGACUUGGUGAAGCAGCUGCUUAAUGUGGACCCAAAUAAAAGAUUCACAACAAAGGAUGCUCUUAAUCACUCGUGGAUGCAGGAUGAAGAUAUGAAGAAAAAGGCAAAACAACUGAUGUAUGCCCAGACUGAAUUAACGUUGCCCCUGAGCACAACUGGUCAGUCAUCAACUGGUAGGAAAAGGCCACAUGAAGAGGACCAUCCUCCAAACACCAAACGACCCACACUGUCUUCACUAAGCAAACCGGUUACUCAAGAGUAGGGAAACUUGAGUGGUUGCAACCUAACCUUUUUACAUGCUGUGUGGAGAUCUCCAAGAAACAGUUACAUUUGAUUUGCCUCAGGCGCCACAGGCCUGUUUUAGUCAUUUUUUUGUGCUUUGCUUCUUUUUAUUACUGUAAUUCUAUCAAUGUGUCUAGAAUUUUUCCUGCAAUUUUGUUUCAGAAUAAACGUUUAACUGGUUUUCAUCCCAUUUUCUCUAGAGACCAUACGGUAUACAGUCAAUCAUUUGUAGUCCCAUUAUACAGAUAAUUUGCUUUGGUUUAAACCACAACACCUUUUAUGUGCUAUAAUGGUGUUGCAUGGUUUAAAACAAAUCCAUGAGUAUUUACAAUUAUAAUUAGUAAGGAGCUUAAAGAGCUUAAUGUUUCUUUAUACAGUAAAUUUCAGCUGGUCAAGUUUUGGUGAUUUAACAUAUUAAUAUCUUUAAAGAAAAUUAAUGAAAUGGGGUCUAAAUGUGCUAUUGAAUAUUGCACUACCUCACAAAUUUCGGAAAAUAAUUGGGCAUUGAGACAUAAGAAAACUUAAUGUAAAUGGUCACUUUAAUUACUGCUGCUGUUAAUAGUUGUAUUUAACUUGAAUGUUGUCAACUGACCAUGGGCUGGAUCCCUCGGUUAUAUUUCUGAUGGCCUUUUGUCAUUGAUGGCAAAGGCAGAGACACUUUAAAUAUAAUGUAGAAAAUGGAGAGAUUUCUCUUCCCAAGUGUUGCUUUUUGGCAUUUGGAUCAAAAACUGUAAAACUACCAUUUUAAGUUUACAUUUUCAUAUGAACUAUAAAUAAUACAUUGAAAUGAAAGGUUGUCCUUAUACAUCCUCAAAUUUCUGCAUAAUUGUAUGCGUUGGUAUCCCUGUUUGUUAAUUGGUGUAUCCACCGUCCCCAUCACAAGAAUGCCGAGUUCACUUUCUUGGUCUAUCCUGAAUUAAUUGAUCCUAACCAGAUAAUAGGAGGAUCACUACAACUGGCCUUGCUGCCAUUAUGCUGGGAAGAUGGUUCCUGCCUCUGAUGGUUCACUGUGGAAAACUGUGCAUGUGAACCUUUGGUGGGCUGUUGGAUUGCGUCAGCAUCAUAAAUUGGCAAAUAGCUUCCCAUCUAACUGUAGACUGGCACAUGAAGUUAUGUAUAAAAUGGAUCUUGUCUAAGAUGCUAGACAUGUGCCACGCACAACCAUACACUUGUACGAUGUGGUGUCUUCAAGGAGUUAGAACUGUACGUGGAAUGGGUAAAUGUUGACUAAGGUGAUGUUCGAUGGAUAUUUAAGGUAAUGUAGAAAGGAAAACCAGAUAUAAAAUAGUGUAAUCUUGGUUCUGCUUCCAAAAUGGCUCAUAUGUUGAAACCUUUCUGUUCAUUAGUUAUGUUGGAAGUUAUUCCUAGACUUGUAUUUAGCAGAGCUUGCUCAUCUUAGGUGAUCAUACAAACAUUAGUGAUGUUUGCCUUUUUGCUGAAAGCUGAAAUACUGUUCCAUUGUGGAACAUGCACAGUGAUUUUCCACCCUGUCCAACAUUUUAUGAUCUAUUGCUAAUUAUUUUAACUUGUCUUGAUGACAACUGCACUUUGUGUUGCAACACUUACCUUUCAUCACCUAAAAAGCUGAUGCACAUGAGUUGCAUACUCAUUUGGCUUGACUUUGAAGAUGUAGUUGUACAGUUUCCUUAUGAAUUUCUAUAAGCCUAAUUGGUUUUCUGUUGCAGUUGCUUUACUUUGUAUUCUGGAUUCUCAUUGUUCCUUUUGGGUACUAUAUACAUCUGUAAUUUAAUUUGUGUGAAUCAAUUCUGUAUUUCUGUUCCUGAUACAAACAUCAGUGUAGUGUUGGUUAAUUUUGCCAUGCUAAAUGCAGAAUCCUUUAGUGUACCUCAAGUUGAAUGGUAAUAAUUUUUGGCAAACCACCUUCCUUUUGCUUCAAAAGUAACAACUAUUUAGAUGGAUUUUAAAGGAGGACUGUAGCCCUGAUGGCUGCUGAUUCUACCUGUGUGCAUCUAUGUUGAAAAGGUGACAAACAACCAGGAGCAUAUUGAAAUGAUUUGAACUGCACGUGCUGCAAGCAAUGUGAAUGUAACAUAGAGUGUGGCAGUUCACCACAGAUUGUAAAGUAAACAAACGUUUGUGGAAUGUGUCCAAGAUAUAAUGGGGCAUUGAGAUUCCAUCUGCAGUGGUUGUAAGUAUUUUUUUCAAUGAUUUUGUUGU